CAUUAGGAAUGGUACCGCCUCCUGAAAACGUCAGAAUGAAUUCAGUUAAUUUUCAGAACAUUCUCCAAUGGGAGUCGCCUGCUUUUCCCAAAGCGGGUCUGACUUUCACAGCUCAGUACCUAAGUUACAAGAAAUUCCAGGAUAUGUGCACAAGUACUGCCCUGACGGAAUGUGAUUUCUCAAGUCUUUCCAAGUAUGGCGACCACACCUUGAGAGUCAGGGCCGAACUUGCAGAGGAGCACUCAGACUGGGUGAACGUCACCUUCUCUCCUGUGGAUGACACCAUUAUCGGACCUCCUGGAAUGCAAGUAGAAGCGCUUGCUAAUUCUUUACAUAUACGUUUCUUAGCCCCCAAAAUUGAGAAGGAACAUGAAACAUGGACCAUGAAGAAUAUUUAUAACUCAUGGGCUUAUAAUGUGCAAUAUUGGAAGAACGGCUCUGAUGAAAAGAUUCUAGUUACUUGUCAGUAUGACUUCGAGGUCCUCAGAAAUCUCGAGCCGUGGACGACUUAUUGCGUUCAAGUUCAAGGAUUUCUUCCCGAUCGGAACAAAACCGGGGAAUGGAGUGAGCCCGUCUGUGAGCAAACCGUCAAUGACGAAACAGCCCCCUCGUGGAUCGUCGUGGCCAUCAUCCUCACAGCCUCGGUGUGCGUGGCCUGCCUGCUCCUCCUUGGCUGCUUCGCCCUGAUGUGGUGCAUUUACAAGAAGACCAAGUACGCCUUCGCCCAUGGGAACAAACUUCCACAGCACCUGAAAGAGUUUUUGGGCCACCCGCAUCACAGCAGGCUUCUGUUUUUCUCCUUCCCCCUGUCUGAUGAGAACGACGUUUUUGACAAAUUGAGUGUCGUCACAGAAGUCUCUGAAAGCAGCAAGCAGAAUCCUGGGGACAGCUGCAGCCUCAGGACCCCAGCUGGGCAGGGCUUGCUCUCCAGCUAGCUUCUGAGGAGCGGGGCACACUCUGCUGCGUACAGUGACCCCGCUCUUCUCACGGCUGCCUCUGAGGGUGAUCAGAGCCAAAACAAGGGCCGAGACCACCUGAGCAAGCCCCGGUUGACAUCUAAACAACCAAAGAGCUAGAUUUUAAAGACUCGCUUGGCAAAAAUACUCCACCUUGGGAAUUUGCCUCUUUAUAAAGACUUUAAUGAUUAAAAAAUAGUUGGCCACUUGAGGGUAUAAUUUUCAUCCUCUUAUGUUCACUAAUAUAAAGAAUAAGUUUUAAUGUGAAAAAUAAAACUAUUUAACGUGAUGAAUAAAACCAAAUGCUGUAAAAUCUGACCAGACUACCAAUAGACUGAUCCAAAAAGCAAACUCAGCCAAAAAUUCAUCAGGAAACACUACACAGAGUGCAAACUUUCGAGAUAUUCUCGGAUACUUCAGCUGGGUUUUAUUUUUCUACCUGUACCUGUUUUAUAUAGUGCUAGUACUCUAUUAAAUAAAGUUUUAACCUGUA